CCCACUGCCUCCACCUCCUCACACACUCCCGCCGAGCUGCCAGUGAGCCGCCGCCGCUCCACGCUUCUCCAUCUCCGUGUUCUCUGCGCACCGCGGUGCCUUGCACGUCCAGCUGUGCGCACAUCUCCACCUCGGCUACGGAGCUCCAACUGUUUCAAACUCCGGACAGACUGGAGAGCAGGACGAAAUAGGAAUAUGGCUUCUAAAGCGAUGGAGCGUCUGAAUCUGUCGGAGGAACAGGUCAAACUGCUGGAGGAAAGUUUUAAAAAAGUCACCAAGCAUCCGGAUGGGACUACGCUCAUGUUGAUCGCUGCGGAGUGCGGACUGUCAGAGGAGGAAACACAAGCAUGGUUCAAGCUACGUAACGCACAGUGGAGGCAGUCGGAGGGUCUUCCAGCUGAACUCGGAUCGGUGUUGGACUGAAGAAUCUCUGAAGCCUGAAGCUCUGUGCUGAUCUUGUUUCUCCUGUACAAAGUGACCCUACCCUCCCUUCCUCAUACGCUUUCCUCUCCAUCUCUCUUUUUGUAUCCAAGAAGCUAUAUUAACUUACUGUACGGAAUGUGAAGGUGUUUGUGUGUUGUUGCCAAUAUAACCGCCAUGUUUACAGAAAUAAACAUAUUGUUAAGUUAAAA